UCUCACUGUCUGUCUCUAUCUAUCCUGCUUUCUCUCUCUCUCUACUAUUUUUGUUCCUCUCCUAUUUUCCUCUCUGCCGUUUUGGACGUAUUUAUUUUCGUUGGGGGGCGAGUGGAAGUGGAGGAAUUACGCGGAGAGGGAUGAGCAGCAGCCGUCGACUUUUAGUUUGAAGUCUUCUUCGUUCACACGAAAAGCAGGGACGCAGAAAAAUCAACCACCGAGGAGGAUAAAAGCUGACCCACUUGGGAAAGGGAAGGGAGUUUGCUUUGUUGGUUCCUGUGAUGUAUUGAGGGCAAAAGAGAAAGUUGGUGUUUGGAAAGGAGGGAGGAUGAAGAAAGCAGAAAGAAUUGUAGUGUUUCGCAGAUGAGGGAUCGAUGAUGGUUCUGAAGCUUUUCUAACAUCUGAAGGUGAAGAAGAUAAUACCACCAGCUAUGAUUAGGGAGAGACAGAGAAGAAGACCCUAUUUCCUUUUCUUCCUUUUGGUUCGUCAGGUGUAGAGAGACUUGGGUACCGAGUUACGCAUCGAUUCCGACCAUGCGUGCUGGACUGAGCACGAUUCUGCAGACGCUCACUCCGGAAGCGGCCAGCGUCCUCAACCAUUCGAUCGCAGACGCCGGUCGCCGUGGCCAUAGCCAGACCACUCCCCUUCACGUCGCCGCCACUCUGCUGUCCUCGCCUGCCGGGUUUCUCAAGCAGGCCUGCAUCCGGUCCCACCCCAAUUCCUCUCACCCUCUUCAAUGCCGCGCCCUCGAGCUCUGCUUCACCGUUGCCCUCGACCGCCUGCCGGCGUCGGGGUCGGCUUUGUCCCAUGUCGCCGAGCCUCCGAUCUCGAACGCGUUGAUGGCAGCGCUGAAGCGGGCACAGGCCCAUCAGCGGAGGGGCUGCCCGGAGCAGCAGCAGCAGCCGCUCCUGGCCGUCAAGGUCGAACUGGAGCAGCUCGUCAUAUCCAUUCUUGACGAUCCUAGCGUCAGCAGGGUUAUGAGGGAGGCGAGCUUCUCGAGCCCUGCUGUCAAGGCCACCAUCGAGCAGACCCUCGCCAAUUCGCCCUCCAAUUCGCAGCCGGCCGCGCCUUCUCCGGCCGGAUUCUCGCUCGGAUCCCACCGGCCGAUCCCUAUGCGGAAUUCGUAUUUGAAUCCCCGGUUGCAGGCCUCCGCUUCGAUUGUCGGCGACCGGCCCGUUGGUGGGCAGAGGGCGGAGGAGGUCAAGAAGUUGGUGGAUAUUUUACAGCGAGCGAAGAAGAGGAAUCCGGUUCUUGUCGGCGAUCACGAGCCCGAGGCAGUAAUGAAGGAGCUUCUCCUCAAGAUUGAGAGGAAGGAAGUGGGGGAGGUCCUCAAGGAAGUCCAGGUUAUCUCUGUGGAGAAAGAGUUGUCCAGUAUGUGUGCGGCGAAGGGGGAGGAGAGAGGGAGGAUCGGUCCGAAGAUCAAGGAGUUAGGUGCCCUGAUUGAGAGCAAGAUGAGCAGCCAUGGCGGCGUGAUUCUGAAUCUCGGCGAUCUCAGGUGGUUGGUCGAGCAGGCCGGCGGCGGCUCUUUCGGCGUCUCUGUGUCCGGGCCAGUCCAGGAUGUGGUUUCAGAGAUGGCCAAGCUGUUGGGUAGCCAUGGCGAGGGUGGGAAGGUCUGGUUAAUGGCGACUGCAACGUGUGAGACUUACAUAAGGUGCCGAGUUUAUCACCCCACUGUGGAGAACGAAUGGGAUCUGCAAGCCGUUCCUAUUGCUGCAAGGUCUCCUCAUCCUGGACUGUUUCAGAGAAUUGGAGGCAAUGGAAUUCUCAGUAGCUCCGUGGAGUCACUUUCCCCUAUCAAAGGUCUCCAGGGGAAUCCUUUCUUGUCGAGAAAGCUGGCUGAAAAUGGUGAUUCGGGUUCGGCUCGGAAGAUGAGCUGCUGUCCUUCCUGCAUGGAGAAUUAUGAGAAGGAGCUUGCCAAGCUCGUGGCCGAUGUGUUCGAGAAAUCGGCUUCAGAUGCCAAACAAGAAGAGCAGCAAAGCCAGCAGCAAUUGCCACAGUGGUUGCAGCUUGCUAAAUCGGAGAACUUGAAGGCAAACGACCAAUCUACGAAGAAAGAAAACCAAGACCAAAUUUGGAGGCAGAAAUCAGAGGAACUGCAGAAGAAAUGGAAUGAAACUUGUAGUCGCCUCCAUCCGAGAUACCAUCCUGUUAUUGGGACGGAAAGACCAUCCUCCCUUACAUUCACCCCCUUGCUCGGUUCUCAGAUCUCCUCCCCCUUGCUCGGUUCUCAGAUUUCCGGCAACGGCAGCGCCUUCGGCAGUGUCUGUAACUCGAAUUCGGUAUUUAGGCCUCAGUUACAACCCAAAUUGCAGGCGAGCAGAAACACUAGCCUUCAAUUAGGCACCACCACAAAUGCGACUCUGACCUUGUCAUCAGAACCGGCGAAGUCACCACCGGCAAGUCCAGUAAGAACAGAGCUUGUACUCAGUCAGCCGAAGCUGCCACCAGUCCAGCAUGCUGCCACGGACGCGCGCAGUGACAGGCCCAAGGACUUGACUGCCAGCACACCCACCCAGACAGUUUCCGGCGUCUAUAACCCCAAGAUUUCGCCAUUGGACGCAGAUUCGUUCAAGAGACUCUUCAAGGGUCUUACACAGACGGUUAGUUGGCAGACAGAAGCUGCGACUACGGUCGCUACUGUGGUCACCAAGAGCCGUUCCAGUGAGAGAAAACAGAGAGGCAUGGGAUUGAAGGGCGAUACGUGGCUUCUGUUCCUCGGCCCCGACAGGGUCGGGAAGAAGAAGAUGGCAGCCGGAUUGUCGGAAUUGGUGUUCGGAAACAGGCCGAUGACCAUCCGGCUAGGUCUGGCCGACAACGGCCACCAUCAUGAGGACGAAGACGACGAACCUGGUCCGAGGUUCCGAGGCCGCACUGUGCUGGACCGGAUAGCUGACGCCGUUAGACGGAAUCCUUUCUCUGUUGUAGUGCUGGAGGACAUUGAUCAGGCCGAUUCUCUGAUCCACGGCCACCUGAUCCGAGCAAUGGAUAAGGGGAGGUUGCCGGAUUCACAUGGCCGGGAGGUGAGUCUCGGCAGCGUGAUCUUCAUCCUGACCGCUGAGUGGCUUCCGGAGAGCCUCGGCGGCAAAUCGCCCGACGCCGAUCAUGUCAAGGAAGACAAGUUGGCAGCUGCAGCUACCUGUUUUCGGCCGCUGCAGCUCACAAUCAGCAGCAGCCUGUCAGCCACUGGGAGAAAACGGCGGCCGGCGUGGCUCGAAGAGGAAGAAAGUCAGGCUACCCGGAAGCCUAGGGGGAUAGACCUAAAUUUGAUGGCCGAUGACAACGUCGUCGUCGAUGCUUCUCACGGCUCCCGGGACUCGAGCGACGUGACAGUGGAGACUGCACUCAGGCAACCGCCGGGGCUAAUGAAGGAGAUGGUAGACCGCGCCGACGAGGCCAUCGCGUUCAAGCCGGUCGACUUUGAGGUGCUGUCGAAGCGGAUCUCCAAUGCGCUGAGCACCAGAUUCACCUGCCACGUGGGAAGGGUGCCCUUCGAGGUGGACGAACAGGUGGUGGAGCAACUGCUGGGCUCGGCGUGGUUCGGACCGAGCUCGAGCGACCUCGACCAAGUCGACGAGUGGGCGGACCGGGUGCUGGUGCCGGUUUUCCGGGAGCUGAAAGGCGGCUUGCCGGCGGAAGGGGACGCCGUCGUCCGGCUGGUGCUCUCCGGAUCCGACGACCCCGUCGAACUGCCGGCAGCAGGAAACUGGCUGCCAAGCAAGAUUCCGGUCUGCCGGAGCUGAGGAGGUAGUCUGCUGCCGGUGUGACAGAGAGGCAACGGCGGUCAGCGGUGUGUCAGGCUUUUCGCGGAAUCUUAACGGCGGGGAACACGGGUUCGUGCUUUUGCCAUUUAUGAGUGGGGUCGGGAUAUGCUCAACUUUACUGCAAAUUACUUGGAUAGCCACCUCUUUUACGUUGUUAAUCAUUGAGAUGACUCAUUCCUCAUUAGUCAUCCCCCCUCUGUCUAUUAUCCUUAUGUUAAUAUAUGAAUCUCAAGAACCAUUCUGUAA